AUGGCUCCAAACGUUGCAAUUAUCAUUUAUUCUUUAUACGGUCACACCGCUAUUUUGGCUGAAGCUGAAAAGAGAGGUGUUGAAGCCGCUGGUGGUAAAGCUGACAUUUUCCAAGUCCCUGAAACUUUGUCCCCAGAAGUUGUCAAGGCUAUGGGAGGUGCUCCAAAGCCAGACUACCCAAUUGCCACUGCUGACACCUUGGUUAACUACAACGCCUUUUUGUUCGGUAUCCCAACCAGAUUUGGUAACUUCCCAGCUCAAUGGAAAGCUUUCUGGGACCACACCGGUGGUCUAUGGGUUAAAGGUGCUUUGCAAGGUAAGGUUGCAGGUGUCUUCAUCUCUACCGGUACCGGUGGUGGUAACGAAAUGACUGUUGUUAACUCCUUGUCAGUUUUGGCUCACCAUGGUAUCAUCUACGUUCCAUUGGGUUACGCUAAUGCUUUCAAGGAAUUGACUAACUUGGAAGAACCUCACGGUGGUUCCCCAUGGGGUGCAGGUACUCUUGCCGCUGCUGAUGGUUCCAGAAAGCCAUCUGAGUUGGAAUUGUCCAUUCACGAAAUCCAAGGUAAGACCUUCACUGAAACUGUCAGAAAGUUUUGA